UCCUCUUCUUACAUCUUAUUUACCCCUCCUCCUCCUUCUCUCCCUUCCCGCCUUGCUUUCCUCCUCCUCUUCCAUCUUCCAGACACACAAUCACCACUUUACUGCUAACCACUGACUGGCCAAGCAUACCGUGGUUGUCCCCGCCUCGCCGCUGCUCCCCAGUCACUCCUCAGCCAGCCAUCAUGACGGACACACAGCCCAGCGCGGAGACCAAAACCGAGGCCCCUGCGGAGACCAAGGCGGUGCAGGAGGGCGGGCAGGAUGCAGGCAAGGCAGAAGAAGCAGAGGCACCGAAGGAGAUGAGGGCGGUGAUCCUGAAUGGCUUCGGUGGGCUGAAAUCCGUGAAGAUUGUGCGUCGCCCCGAGCCCGCCCUGGCUGACGGGGAGGUGCUCAUCCGUGUCCAGCUGUGUGGUGUGAGCUUCCAGGAUGUGAUGGUGCGCCAGGGUGUAACAGAGGCUCCUCCAAAGACCCCAUUCAUCCUGGGCUUUGAAUGUGCUGGAGUUGUGGCUGCUGUGGCUGAUGAUGUGGAGAAUUUCAAGGUUGGGGACCGAGUGGUGGCCCUCCCAGACCACCGUGCCUGGGCUGAGCUGGUGCCGGUGCCUUCCAAGUAUGUUUACCAGGUGCCCGAGCCCAUGCCCCUUCAGGAGGCAGCCGCAGUCACCUUGAGCUACACAGUGGCCUACCUGUUGGUGCAUGACCUGGCCAACAUCAUGCCGGGUCACACUGUUCUGCUGCACUCGGCUGGGGGGGCCGUGGGUCAAGCUGUGUGUGCCCUGCUGCAAGACAUUAAAGGGGUGACAGUGGUGGGCAUUGCUUCCAAGAACAAACAUGAAGACAUCAAGGCCUCGGUUACUCACCUCAUUGACCGGGCCGGUGAUAUCCAUGCAGAGGUCAGGAAAGUGUGCCCAGAUGGGGUGGAUGUAGUGCUGGACUCUCAAGGUGGGGAGGAGUGCAACCGGGGCUACACACUUCUCAAGCCUCUUGGCCGCUAUAUUCUCUUUGGAUCAUCCAGCAUUGUAACUGGAGAGACAAAGAGCAUCCUGAGUGUUGUCAAGUCGUGGUGGCAGGUGGACAAGGUGUCUCCCCUGCGGCUCUCUGAGGACAACCGCAUCAUUGGCUUCAACCUGCGCCGCCUCCUUCACCAUCAGUCUGGUGGCCAUGAGAAGGUGAGGAAGGUGGUGGACAUGGUGUACAAGCUGUGGCAGAGUGGGGUUGCCAAGGCCCACAUUGAUUCCACUUACGCCCUCGAAGAUGUGACAGAUGCCAUGACGAAGAUGCAUGACAGGAAGAAUGUUGGCAAGCUUUUGCUGGAUCUCUCCAUGGACCCCCGCCCCAGGCCCACCACCCCGGCCAAGACGAAAAAGGAAGAGAAAAAGGACGACAAGGAAAAUGCUGAGAAAGAUUCGAAAGAUUCGAAAGAUUCAAAAGAUUCAAAAGAAAAUGGAAAAAAUGAAAAAGAGGAGGAGGCCAAAGCUGAUGCUAAAAAGUAAAGCUUUACGAAAAUGAAGGUAUGAAAAGGCAUUGCUUUAAGGUUUGAAAUUCAUCAGUAGAUAAAAUCAAGCCAAACAGGCAGAAAUUCUGCAAAAUUGCAACAAUACUUUACUGAAAUAGCUUUUAAGAAAUACCUGGCAGUACAUGCAUUUCUGUUAUGCAGGUGUUAUGCAAAGAAUGACAUUGAGGUAGAAACAAGUAAAAGUAAAAUACUGAAUAUUUCUAAACACAGUAAUGAAAGAUGUUGAGGGCUUUUGGAUUAAGUAACUAUAUAAUUGAAAGUGAGCUUUAAGGAUGCUUGGCAGUGUGUAAUCUGUUCUCACUCCAUAUCACCCACAAGGCAUGGUCCAGUGUGGUCCUACAUAUCCACACAUUACGCUUAUAGUCUUUACUCAUUACGCUGCUACUACAAUGGGUUGUUAAUCUUAAGGUUGCUUUGGGAGACCAAGGGUUAGAAUAUAAAGAGUUGAUGAUUUGAAUCUUGCUUUCUUGAUAACUUGCAAGGCAUUGGGGUCCAAGAUGUGCAGAUUAUAUCCUUAGGUGGAGGACUGUGUGGAGAAAACUUUAUCCCAUUCCAUGUUUGUCUGCAGAGUAUACUGCAUAAUUGUGUGUUUGUGGCUGGUCUUUCCAAUACUUGUUUGUAGACUUUGCCUUGCCGACACUUACCUUCACAAGAGGUAGGCAACAGUAGUGGCAGUUUGGCAGUCUGUGUUCAGAUAGUGACAAGUUCAUAUAUACACUGAGGAUUAGCACCUUAGGAACUAUGGAGUCUUGUUAGUAUCGAUGAGAAAUUCUUGCUAAAUGUGAUUUUUCCAAUGUUCAUGAACUUUGUUAAGGUGUUUGCCUCAGAUACAAGUGUGUAAGAAAUGAAAAGUGUGAAACUAUCAAAACAAAAACAAAAAAAAUUUAUGGCUUGGUGCAAGUAUCUAGUUUUGAGCAUUGUUGUUUGUAAUGAAGCAGUUACCUAGGAGGUGCUUAACGCAUAAAUGUGUGUAGGUUGUCUGUGUUGACCUAGAAGACUUAUGUGUGUAGUGAUUGUGGUGGAUGUGGUAAGGAUUGGUGCUGGUGGGCAGGUUCUCUUGAUGGUGCAAGAGAUUAUGUUUGCCAGUGGAUGUCAACACUUAGGUGAAAAUUAGAGUAUUGAUUAUUUGAUUAUUUUCUUUAAGGUAGCCUCAGUGAUCCAACAAGUGUGGUGGCUGACCUGUGAUAAUUUCAGAGUUUAAAGACCUUCAUAGCUUUAAAUAGAUUAUAUUCUGAGAUCAUGGAUAUUGAAACUGAAGAAUAUUUUAUGGUCAUAGUUCUAUUUUGAUAUGAUAAUCCUGUAAGGAGUUUCCCUUAGAUAACUCUACUAACAUUUUUCUAUACAUAAAUUAAUGACACUAAUCAGUCAAACGUAGUAAUACAGUAGCAUUUAUACCAAAGAUCUGACCUGGGGCCAUGGCUGUAGUUUGGAGAAUUUGAAUCGUGAACAGAACCAUUGCAACCUUGUCCCAAAGUGCAUUUGCUGAUACCACCAAAUAGUAUUAUUCUUAAUGUCCUGGAUGGGACUCUGAGGAUUUCACUAAGAGUCCCAGCAGAAAUAUGUACGUAGAUAAGCUAAAGUAAGCCUUCAAUAUUAAAAGUUUUAAACUGAUCAAUUAGAUUAUAUUUUCUUGUGAGUAGAGGUCAGUGUCGCAGCAGUCUGUAGAAAAAUCUUCCUGCAUCAGCACAGGAUGACAGACUACAAAUUAACACCAAGAAAUUAUAACAAACGGGAGGCUAGAGCGCACACACAAUAUGUGACGUGUCAGUGUCUUGAGCAAAACUAGAAAAGCUGAAUACUACUCCUCAUGGGCUACUGCCACACUACUGAGUUUGAGGAACAAGUCUGUGCCUGGCAUCAUGGCUUGGCAGAAAUGUUGUUGGUUUGGUUGUUGCCACAUGUCAUUUCUUUUAGGACAUGGGUUGCAUUAUGCAGCAAAUGUUCUAAACUUCUUUGGUUUGUAUCUAAAAUUUAUCGUUUAAAGGAUUCGGUGCAUGUUGUUUUUAUCCGAAGUCUGCCAGAACGUGCUGCAUUAGAGAACAGUGAAGCUUCCAUCCCAGUACGUGCCUCCCAGCCCUUGCUGCUGUUCUUGUCCAAACACAUUCCUGGUAAUACUUUGUACUCCUUACUGCACCAUGGAAUGCAAAGCUCUUCAUUUUCUCCGUUACCACUUGAUUUAUUUGUAUGUUAUCGAUCAUGGAAGAUUUAAUUAGUUUAUUACUUGCUACUGAGACAGUAGUGAAAUGUUACUUAUAAACUAUUAAGUGUUCUGUAAUCCCUGCUGUGCUUGUCUUCAUACUGUGCUGCCAAUAAAGGUAAUACAAGA